AUGAUUACUAUCGUCGGUUAUCCGCCGCUCACACUCUACCGUCUAACACGACUCUUCGCGCCGGAACAAUAUUUCACGCGGCCCGAUAGCGGCCGUGUAUACCACUUAGCGGACACAAUGCAACACGGCCGGUCUAUCGCGUACCCCGCUCACAGGCCCAGACAAUGGGGCAUCAGGCGGAGCGGCGAUCUGGAUACACGUGUAUGCUAUUUAGCGUUAGGCUUCGGCGCCCAAUUACGCGACUCCACCGUCCAUCACGGCCGAACGGGCGGGCGGUUCCCCGCCUUUUUUACGCGUAACGGAACGAAAAAACAAGAGGCGCGUCUGAGUAAUUUACCGACCGUCUCGCGCGAAGUAAUUAGGUCCACU